AUGUCUCUUCAACAAUGGGAGCGUCAAGCCCAACGGGGCAGAGAUAUCCUCAACAACUCCAUUCCCAAACAAUGGCUUGCAUCAGUUGAAAGUCUCCCUCCAGCUUCACAGAAAAAUGUGAUUGAUUUCCCAAAGAAAAGCGGACUACUGAGCGAGCGUGAGCUCUCAAUCACGGAUCUCUCCGCUACACAACUUGUCACAAAGAUGGGGAUAGGGGAACUAAAGGCCGAGGAGGUAGUGGUGGCAUUUUUGAAGAGGGCGGUUCUUGGACACCAGCUGCUGAAUUUUGCAACGGAAUUCUUGGCAGAUGAAGCAAUCGCCAGAGCCAAGGAGCUGGAUGCACACUUUCAACGAACUGGAAAGCUUGUCGGCCCUUUGCACGGUGUUCCUAUUAGUGUUAAAGAGCAUGUUGGUAUGAAGAACAAGACAUGUAACACCGGCUAUGUGGCAUGGGUUGACGAAGUCGCCACCGAAGAUGCCCAUUUGCUUCAAUUAUUAUCAAAUGCCGGUGCAGUGUUCCACGUCCGAACAAACCAGCCACAGGCCCUCAUGCAUCUUUGCUGUGAGAACAAUAUCACAGGAGCGACGUUGAACCCUUACAAUCGCACCUUGACCCCAGGAGGAUCAUCGGGUGGUGAAGGUGCUUCCACGGGCUUCAAAUGCGCACCACUUGGUAUCGGCACAGAUAUUGGUGGAUCAAUUCGUUGUCCAGCUGCGUUUUGUGGCUCCUAUGGAUUCCGGCCUACAGCAAUGCGUAAUCCACUAGCUGGGGCCAAAGUCGCGGCAAUUGGACAGGAGACAAUCCACGGUGUUAUUGGGCCUUUGGCCAGCAGUUCAUUAGAGGAUAUUGAACUAUUUCAAAAGGCAGUACUGGAUCAAGAGCCUUGGGAUGUCGAAACAUCUUUGGUACCGGUUCCAUGGAAGACUGUGACUCCUACUAGGAGUAUGACUGUGGGUAUUAUGUGGGAUGAUGGUAUUGUUCGCCCUCAUCCACCAGUAACCAGAGCACUCAAACUUGCAAAAGAAAAGCUCGUCGCUGCUGGAAUCAACGUUGUUGACUGGGAGCCAUACAAGCAUGAUCACGGAUGGAAGAUUAUUUCUAGCCUUUACUACCCCGAAAGCGCCGCCUUGCAGCGCAAAGUCAUUCGUGAAUCAGGCGAGCCAAUACUCCCACUGACCGACUGGGUCUUCAACUACUCCCGACCAGACCCACUUACUCACCCCGAAGCAUGGGAACUGCAAUACCAACGCGAUGUCUACCGCGACGAGUAUAACGCCGUGCUGAAAAGCCGAGGCGUCGACUUUAUCAUAUCACCCGCGUAUCCCGGUGUUGCGGCGGUAUAUGGCGAAUCGCAUUACUGGAAUUACACCGCGAUCUGGAAUGUGCUGGAUCUUCCGUCGGUGGUGUUUCCAUCGGGCAUUGCGGUUGAUUCGAAGUUGGAUGCUUUGACGGAGCAGGAUAAGAAAUAUAAACCGCGUAGUGAGGCUGAGGAAAGGGAGUGGGGAAAGUAUGAGGGUCCCGAGCGAUAUGAAGGUGCACCUGUGGCUUUGCAGGUUGCAGGGAAGCAUUUCAAGGAUGAAGAGACUUUGGCAGCUGCCAAGUUGAUUGAGGAAAUUAUCAAAGAUGGGAAGAAAGUUUCUAAACUUUGA